AUGAGCAAUUUUAACCAACCUCCAAAUAUUGAUCAAAUAUUUAAAUACAGGACGAAUUAUGGUGUAAAUUUAGGUUCUUUAUUUGUUUUAGAAUCCUGGAUUUACGGUGAUCUUUUUGAUAAAGGUGGUGCUUCGGAAUUAGAUGCUAUAAGGACACAAGUUAAAUCAUCAUCAGUAGCUGCAACAGCAGCUAAAUUGGCAAAACAUUAUAAUGAUUAUAUUUCAUCAAUUGCUUGGGAUUAUUUAGCAAAUAAAGCUGGAACCACUGCCCUUAGAGUGCCAAUUGGUUAUUGGCAUGUAAAUAACGGAAAUUUCACAAAAGAUACUGUCUUUAGUGAAAUUAGUGCGGUUUAUCAGGCCGCUAAGCCUUGGGAUAUCUUAAAGCGUUUAAUUGAUAAAGCAAAUUCAUACCAGAUUGGUAUUUUAAUAGAUUUACAUGGUUUACCAGGGGGUGCAAAUUCAGCUGCGCACAGUGGUUCUAUCAAUCAACCACCAACAUUUUUUGAUAAUAAUAAAUUCAAAAGUUUAGUGAUUGAUAAUAUCUUACCUUUUAUUGUAAAGGACGUUUGUAUAAAUAAGCAAAAUGUCAUUGGACUACAAAUAGUUAAUGAGGCUGACUUUAAUGAAAAGGCAGUUAAUCAAAAAGAUUAUUAUAUAAGGGCUGUUAGCAAAAUUAGAAAUCUACAACCAACUCUUCCUGUUAUAAUUUCAGAUGGUUGGUGGCCGGAUCAAUUUUCAAAUUGGGUGAAGGAUAAUAAUCUAGUCUCCAAUGUAGUAAUUGAUACUCAUAUUUAUAGAUGUUAUUCAGACAGCGAUAAGUCCAAAAAUGCUAACCAAAUUAUCAGCGAAUUAAAGGACUCUAUCAACAUUCCUGCUGAUGGAGCAGAUUUUGUUGUUGGUGAAUAUUCAUGUGUGCUUGAUGAGCAAACAUGGCAAAAGACAUCAGGUGACAGAGGAACUAUUAUAAAAAACUUUGGUUUAGAACAAAAUCGUCAAUUUAAGAUUAAAAGUUCUUGGGGAUGGUUUUUCUGGACAUUGCAGUUUAAAUAUGGUGAUGGUGGUGAAUGGGGUUAUAUUCCCCAAUGUGAAAAAGGUAAUAUUUUUCUUAGGGUAAGUAACCAAAACACAAUACCGGUUGACCAAAAUAGGAUAGAAAGUAUAAUCAAAGACCAUAUCAACUAUUGGAAAGAUAAAGGAGGCGAUAAAAUGGAACAUUGGAGAUACAUUGAUGGGAUUUAUAAAGCUGCUUAUGAUAUACAAGCAUUUCAAAGCUUUAAAAAUUCGAGCAUCGGAAGAUGGGUUUCAUGGACCAAACUCCGUAGGGAUCACUAUGUUGCUUUGAAAGGUAACAGCGCAUAUAUGUGGGAAUAUGAUCAAGGGUAUGCUAGAGGUUUACAAGAAUUUAACAAGCGUUAG